AACAUCCCUUGUAGUCUCUACUAUGCAUACUCUCUCACAAAUUUCUAACUCUUUUCUCUUUUCUCUCCAUUUUUCUCAUGAGAAAGUUUCGAGGCAUUAAGCUUCGAAAGCGUCUUAUUCUAUUCUCGAGGUGGCUCGGCCGAAAUAUCCGAUCGACGUCAUCCUUAUCGUCGGUUAGAUAUUACAGGCUGAGCCAGGAUAACUCGUCGAAACAAUCCAAGUUGUCGUCGAAGAUCCUCAGUUGGGGUCGCCAGCUGAGUUUCCUUCGACAAGCUGGGUCGGGCGAGGAGAAGCCUGACCCAGUGCCGAAAGGCCAGUUGGCGGUCUACGUCGGAGAAAGCGGAGGAGAAUUCAGCCGGGUUUUGGUGCCGGUGGUGUACUUCAAACACAAGCUUUUCAUUGAGCUGUUGAGGGAGGCGGAGGAGGAAUAUGGGUUUAGACAUGAGAAGGGGAUUACUCUGCCCUGUGGGUAUUCAGAGUUUGAGAGGAUUCGGACUAAAAUUCAAAAUUGUCGACGGAGUUGGCGGCGGUGGAGGAGCUCCGGCAGCUGCUGCUCGCCGGAGAGGGAUGAUGUUCAUGUGUGGGGGCUCUUGGAAUUCGAUUGAAAAGAUCAAGGGAUGAGUGGUUUUUGACUUUUCUUCUACGGUGGCUGGUUUUGGACUUUUUUUUUGUUUCGAUGUGAUGUAAAUUAGUUUAUUAGUGUAUACUGAAAAAAAAUAAUAUUAAUAUUUUGAAAAAUUAAUACAUGCGGAGUGCGACUUCUCAUUGACUUAUU